GCAGGAACUAGGCACGUCCCACUCGCGGAGAGAGAGCGAACGCAGUGUGCGAUUAGUUUGCUCGGGAAGUACAGAAACAGUUUUGGAAUUGCACGAAACGGGCGAAAUUUAAGACCAGAACCAUGGCUGGCGUUAACGGAUGUAUCAAGUACUCCAUGUUCGUCUUCAAUUUCCUAUUUUGGCUGUGUGGCUCGAUUAUACUUGGAGUGUCAAUAUGGCUACGGGUGAACAAAGAAGCUCUGAAGCAAAUUGGUGAAGUGAGUAUUUCAGAGUUUUACACUGCAAUGGAUGUUCUGAUUGCUGUGGGAGCGAUCAUCAUGGUGCUUGGAUUUCUUGGGUGCUGUGGAGCCAUCAGAGAAAGCAAGUGCAUGCUACUCCUAUUCUUCAUCGGACUGCUCCUUAUUCUGGUCAUUCAGAUAGCUGCUGGUGUUUUAGGUGUGACGUAUCAAUCACAGACUGAAUCGACAUUAAAGGAAAGGUUUAAAGCAUUAAUUCCCCUGGAUAAUCAAGCAGAGGAUGUCAAGAAAGACGUAGCUGCAUUGCAGGAAACGUAUAAAUGUUGUGGUCUUCUGCAAGGCUACCAAGAUUGGGCAAAAAUUCCUCCAUCCUGCAACUGCAAAGACGAGGAUAAAAAUGAGUGUACUCAGGCAGGCGGCAGACAGGUUUGGGCCAAGUCAUGCACUGCUAAGCUGGCAAGUGCCUUGCAAAAAAAUCUUGUUAUAGUAGCUGGUGUUGCCUUUGGGCUGGCAGUGAUCGAGCUUCUUGGCCUAAUCUUCUCCAUGAUCCUGUACUGCCAAAUCAACAAAUGAGAAAGGACUCUUCCCACAGCUAGAGUUGUUCAGUGUAAAUGUAUAAUGCUGCGUCUUCUGACAUGUAAAUUAUAGCCAAACUUAAAUUUUUAUUUCCAAUCAGUUUAAUUCAACUUUUGAAAUGUAGUUCAGUCACACUCCACCUCCUGACUUCAUGCAGGUACUUGUGUAGUUAACGCCAGCUGAUUAGUAGUGUUCCAGUUUAAAGUUAUCUGCUUUAUGUCUGUGUUAAUAUACAGUAGAAGAAUAGGGUUGUCUUCAUAUUAGGAAGGUGACGGGGUGCUUAAUCUCCCAAGCAAUGCCACUUCAAAUCAAGUAAAAUAAAACUUACCAAAAGUAAUUGAUCAAAUGAUAGGGACCAUUAUAUUGAACACUUACUGACCAUUACGCCACUGGCGUUUAAGGCAGCAAUGAAGGUCCUCCAUCUCUGAUGGUGUUCAUGGCUUCCUUCAGCAUCCUAGUAACUUCCUCUCAGUUUUCACUACUGUCAGUCAUGCAAGUCCCGGGUGGAGACUCGGGAAUACCGUCACACUCAGAUGUAGAGGAUCCUCCAUUGCUGUUUCCGUAACAAUUUUGUUUUAUCAGUCAGGGUUGUUAGCCCUGAGCUGAACUCCUGAACCCCUGAACCUGGAGACUAGUCGACCAGUGGACCGUUCUUAGUCUGACCUCUACCCUUUGACCUUUUUGGCAUGAGUGACCCUACCAAUAGCCAAGGCAAAAAGCCCUGACUCCAGCCAACAGAGCUGUCCGGGUCAUUGAGGCAUGCAAUCCUCCAACCCCUACGACAAAGUGUGGCCCUCUUGGAGGAUCACAUUGAAGAAGUUGGGGUGUUAUUGACCAACGACUGAAGUAGAGGGUAACAGCACCCUCUUUUAUCUGGAAAGGGACUGAAUGUGUGAAGAUAGGCAGACAGUACACUAGGUACAAUGUUAACAGACCCAUUUUCACCCCCACUGACUUGAAACAGUGAAGCUGUUUAGUUUAUUGGAGCUACAGACUUGGGUUAAUGUUGACCUGGAUUCUGCAGCAAGAAGUAUAGAUGGGCUACACAACACGUAUUAACUGAAGAAGUCAGUUGGACAAAUCCCAGUGUCUGCAUAUACAAAAACCAUGAAAUUAUCAUUUGAUUUGCCUGACUCUUUAGCUACUGCCUUUCUGAGAUGUUCCUCAUUGAAAUACAAAAAUGAUCAGAGUAGCUGAGAGAGACUAGUGUAGAAAUUGCAGGCGCCCUGGCAGAAAUAUUUAAAAUGUCCUUAGCCAUAGGUGUGGUGCCGGAGGAUUGGAGGGUAGCUCGUGUUGUUCCGUUGUUUAAAAAAGGCUCCAAAAGUAAACCAGGUAAUUACAGGCCGGUGAGCCUGACAUCAGUAGUAGGUAAAUUAUUGGAAGGUGUUCUGAGAGAUUGGAUAUAGAAGUAUUUGGACAGUCAAGGGCUGAUUAAGGAUAGUCAGCAUGGCUUUGUGCGUGGUAGAUCAUGUUUAACGAAUCUUGUAGAGUUUUUCGAGGAGGCUACCAAGAAAGUAGAUGGAGGAAAGGCUGUGGAUGUUGUCUACAUGGACUUUAGUAAGGCCUUUGACAAGGUCCCACAUGGGAGGUUAGUUCAAAAGGUUCAGACACUAGGUAUCCAUGGAGAGGUUGUAAACUGGAUUUGAAAUUGGCUGUGUGGGAGAAGACAGAGAGUGGGUAGUGGAUGAUUGCCUCUCAGAUUGGAGGCCUGUGACUAGUGGUGUGCCUCAGGGAUCUGUGGUGAGACCAUUGUUGUUUGUUGAAUAUAUCAAUGAUGUAGAUGACAAUGUGGUAAAUUGGAUCAGCAAGUUAUGUUGAGGUUAUAUAAGACAUUGGUGAGGCCAAAUUUGGAGUAUUGUGUGCAGUUCUGGUCACCUAACUUGGCAGGACAUCAGUAAGAUUGAAAGAGUGCAGGGAAGAUUUACUAGGAUGUUGCUGGGUCUUCAGAAGUUGAGUUACAGGGAAAGAUUGAACAGGUUAGGACUUUAUUCCUUGAAGUAUAGAAGAAUGAGGGGGGAUUUGAUAGAAGUUUACAAAAUUAUGAGGGGUAUAGACAGAGUAAAUGCGAGUAGACUCUUUCCACUUAGAGUAGGAGAGAGAAAUACGAGAGGCCACGUCUUUAGGGUGAAAGGGGAAAGGUUUAGGGGGAGCAUUAGGGGGAACUUCUUCACUCAGAGAGUGGUGGGAGUGUGAAAUGAGCUGCCAUCUGACGUGGUAAAUGCGGGCUCACUCUUAAGUUUUAAGAAUAAAUUGGAUCAAUACAUGGAUGGGAGAGGUUUGGAGGGUUAUGGACUGGAUGCAGGUCAAUGGGACUAGCAGAAUAAAGUUUCGGCACAGACUAGAAGAGCCAAAUGGCCUGUUUUCUGUGCUGUAGUGUUCUAUGGUUCUAGCUGGUGAUAAUUUCUCUCUGAAGGUGUCAGAUGUAUGUAAGUCUUGUGUAUUCACAUGGAGACAACUUUUUACAUUUAAGUCUUAAAACUUUUAAAAUUUCAAAUGUGGAAUCUUGUUCCUUAAUUACUGGAGAUUUCAAAAUAUUAUAACAUGAUAUUAUGUCAUGAUUUUAUAUUGAGUUAACUACUCGAACCUACAAUUUGUUUCAAACCAAGUGUAUCAGUAAAGUUUUUUAUUCUUAUUUAGUAGGCUAAGUGCUGAAUCAAUGUGCAGAUUGUAUUCCUGGUCAGCGAUCAUGUGCGUGGGGUUACCUGAAACUAAAUGGUAUCUGAAACAAUAUUUUUUGGGGGUAUCUCUCUAAUUAAAUGGUCAUUGAAUUAGUGUUUUAAAAAAUACUUCAUGUUGGGAAAUUGCUAAUAACAUUUGACAUUUUCUUGUGUAUUUGUUAAACAAAAAUCAUCUUUUGAAAAAGUUUGGGUAAUUUGGGAAAGAUAACUGCUUUUCGGUUUUAGACCUAACAGCAAGGAAAUUUCAUCUCAGGUAUUGUGUUUAUUUGGUUCCUGACCAAGUAGGUGUUAUGACAUGAUAACAAAACCCUGUUUAAUAAUGAAUCCAAUAUUUAGGCACUAAUGGGUUGAAAUGUAUGGUAAUGCAAACACAGACGGUCUCCAGAUAUAAAUUGGUUCUGGCUGUUUAAUUGUACGGGUUCUUUGGAGACUGUUGCGUUCUACAGGUAAUUUGGGUUAUGCAUGUAAUUUAAAUGGGCUUGUAAUCUCAAACUGAAGUUAACACACUUGCUUUACAUUGUGUUUAUAUGAAUAAAAAGUUAAUAUUUCUGA